CACAGUCUGCCAUUCAGAAGAAUGUCGUCCGAGGAUCCUGUCGUACAUGUGUGAGUUCUGAACACGAUCUGGGAUUUAAUGACAGGUAAUCAAAAUUUAAAAUCUAUGACAGCGAAAUUGCGGCUGCUACAUUCUCCACUCAGCACACCUUUCACCUCGAGUCCACAAUUAUGACCGUGUGAGUCCAAAUAAGCUACGCUCAUAACUCUUUCCAGUAUCUCUUCUCGGCCAUGUCGUCACCCAGCCUCCCUCCCACUCCGCGGAAGUGAAAGGCUCGAACCGAGUCCAGCUCUCAUUUGAAGGCGAAGUAUGAGCCCAUGAGGCCUCAAUCAUCAGUACGGUCCAAAUGCUUCAAAAGAAGAUUACAACUUCAACCCUACAGAUCUGAAUCGCCUUGACUCCACUGCCCCACUCUCUCCACUCAACUUCCUUCGUCCUCAGCGAUGGGCGUGUCCGAACGGUGGUGGAGCAACAUCACCUGCGCGUCCCUGAUCGUCACCAGCUGGAGUAUAAGUUGCGAGGUCGAUCUUCUGACUUCAUCAUCAUCCGACAACUGUGAUUGACGAUCGAGCAGACGAAACGAGUCGAAGCGUUAUCGGGAAGUGAAGCGUUAUCGGAAGUCUCUUUUGAGUCUCCAAUAUCUCCUCAGAGAUCGAUCUUCAGCUGCCUCCUGAUUGGAAUUCCGGUUCGUAAUUGUUCAUCUCCACGGACUUGCUUUUCAACGGUGGACUCAAUCUCGUCCGUAGUGCUGCAGCAGGAACUCAGAGGCUCCUCCGAAAGUUCAUUGGGUGUUGCGAGCUCGAGGCGGCAGCAUCAUGAGGCUGGACGCAGUUCUCGUAGUUGUGUUGACUCUGGGGUUGACGGUGGACGCCGCCUUCGCGGACAACUCACUGUCCGGAUCGCCAGAUGGUCAAGUGUGCAAGAAAAGCUCGCUGAAGAGGGCAGAUGGCAAGCAGAACCUGCAGUCCGAUCAAGGCACUUGCAGCACCACGCAGCUCGGAGAAAUCCCGUCCAGAGAUCACAUGACCUCCACUCUGAUUCUCGAGCCCCAGAGUGGUGCCACAAUUCCAGCGAGGACGGCGUUUCAAGUGAUUGUCAAGAUGAUGAACUUGGACACGGGCUUCUUCAGUGAUCCCGAGACUCAGUACUACACAUCCUCUCAGCAGCUCAACAAAGAUGGCCUCAUCAAAGGCCACGCUCACAUCGUCGUCCAGAAAUUACGGGGCAGAGAUUUAGUGCCUUCCGCCACGGAUUUCGACUUCUUCAAAGGACUUAAUACGGCUGCCGAUGGCGACGAAAGGCUGUUCGCUUCCGUUGACGAAGGCCUGUCUCCUGGAAAGUACAGGCUUUGCAGCACGGCCGCUUCCUUCAGCCACAACAGCCUCGUCUUGCCAGUUGCUCAGCGUGGUCCUCAAGAUGAUUGCAUUCGUUUCACUGUUAAGUAGCGAGCAGCAUCCUUAUGAUACCAACUGUUGGUAAAGGAAAGCUUCGAGGUAAAAUGCAUCGUCAUAUCGUCAGUUGUGUAUCACAACUGGUACCUAAGUUUCCUCCCGCCUGCAUAUGUUUUGGGCCUCAUUGCCAGGCAUCUAGAUAAGGAGUCCAAUAGUUUCUCCACAAUGUUCUAGUCAAAUUCUUAGUCGAUGCCGAGCAUAACUACACUUUCUUAUAAAGAUGGCCAUUUGCAAAUUGCAUC